AUGGCCACCGAAUUGACCGUCCAGUCCGAGCGCGCUUUCCAGAAGCAGCCCCACAUCUUCCUCGCCAGCAAGACCCGCCCUGCGAAGCGCAGAGUCGGCAAGGGCGGCAGGAGAUGGUACAAGGACAUUGGGUUGGGCUUCAAGACCCCCAAGACCGCCAUUGAGGGGAAUUAUAUCGACAAGAAGUGCCCCUUCACCGGCCUGAUCUCCAUCCGCGGCCGUAUCCUCACCGGCACCGUCGUGUCCACAAAGAUGCACCGCACGCUCGUCAUCCGCCGCGAGUACCUGCACUACAUCCCCAAGUACAACCGUUACGAGAAGCGCCACAAGAACCUCGCCGCGCACGUCUCGCCCGCCUUCCGUGUCGAGGAGGGCGACCAGGUCACCGUCGGCCAGUGCAGGCCCUUGUCCAAGACUGUCCGCUUCAACGUCCUCCGCGUCCUCCCGCGCACCGGAAAGAACACAAAGUCGUUCCAGAAGUUCUAG